UUCAAUGAAAUCCAGCUCUUGGGAAUCACCAAUCCAUACAAAUUACAUUCUCUAGAGCAGUAGCAAUUGCAGUGGGUGACGCAAGACGGCAAGAGCUCUCGGCGAAGCUGCCGACAUUGCAACCCCCCCAACGUCAGUUUUUAUAUAUUUUACCGUGGGCCCUCACUCCCCCCCGGUUCAUAGAUCUUCUAUAUAUAUCCCAUCUAUCCUCCUCUUCCUCUCCCAAACUCCUCCCCCUCAAACCAAAAUCCACUCGAUGGCUGCAGUUACAUAUCUCCUCUUCUUCUCUUCCCUUCUUACAAUGAUUUCAGGGGGAAUGGGUGCGGCGACGUUCACGUUCAGUAACAAUUGCCAGUACACGGUGUGGCCGGGGACACUAUCGAGCGCAGGCAGGGCAGCGCUCGACACGACCGGAUUCGCGUUACAGUCGGGUGAGUCACGAACCCUCAACGCACCGACAUCGUGGUCAGGCCGGUUCUGGGGCAGGACACUCUGCACCACGGACUCUACCGGCAAGUUCAGUUGCGGCACUGGAGACUGUGGGUCAGGUCAGAUCGAGUGCUUGGGCGGUGGCGCAGCCCCUCCCGCAACGCUAGCCGAGUUCACGCUCAACGGAGACCAAAACAUGGACUUCUACGAUGUGAGUCUCGUGGACGGGUACAACGUGCCGAUGCUGGUUGUGCCACAAGGCGGGUCAGGCGGUAACUGUAGCACAACCGGGUGCGUUGUGGAUCUGAAUGGGGUUUGUCCCACGGACUUGCGUGUCAUGUUGGCACAAAGUGAUGGUGCGAGCGAGAACGUGGCGUGCAAGAGCGCGUGCGAGGCGUUUCAAACGCCACAGUACUGUUGCAGUGGUGCUUACGGGAACCCGAACACGUGCCGGCCUAGUUCGUAUUCUGAGUUUUUCAAGAAUGCGUGUCCUCGUGCCUAUAGCUACGCCUACGAUGAUGCAACCUCCACGUUCACUUGCGUCUCUGCUAACUAUCUCAUCACCUUCUGUCCCUCCACCACAAGUCAGAAAUCUGGGGAGAAUCCUCAAGCAGUGCCACCACUGACAAACGACACAAUGGUGUUUCUCGGUGGAGAAGAAGUUGGCCAGAUGUCAUUGGCCGCACCGCCCCUGGCCACCACCGUCCUUUCCCUGGUGGUUCCGGCAUUGUUUUGGCUAUUGCUGAGACUCUUUUGAAGCCAUAAACAGAUCACUACUGUUACAUCAUCAUGUGUGAACUAAUUUGGCAACAUUCAUGCAACGCCAAGUAGAUUUUCGUCAACAGCUUGGAUGAUGACAAAAGGCUGACAAGAAGAGGAGAACAAAAGAAAAAGUUUCUCUGGAGCCGGCUCCUUUUCAAAAUACAUUAUCUUGUCUUUUAUUUUUAUUUUAUUUGUAUUUUUUUAAAUUCAAUAGGUUUAUCAUUAGUUAGGUGGUUCAAUUUUCUUUAUUAAGUUAAAUUUGGGUUUAUAGUUAAAUUUAUUAGUGAUAUAUAUAAAUAUUUAAUUACACAGCAUCCGUUGAGUCAUGUCCUCCUCAAUACCCGGAUUUGGAAAUUUGUGGUUGUAUAGGAAACAAUGUCCAUGAUGGGAUUGAAGUGAACCGGCUGGGAGUGCUUCAAAAUGAUAGGGAUUGAUACUAUUAUGUAUACAUUUGAUGAUUUUUAUUAUUUCAAAUUUGGCUCUCAUUACAUUUGGUUGGCUA